CCCUUCCUUUUUGGCUGCUGCUUUAGCCAGAGCCACAGCAGACGAAGUCCUUCAGAGUGACCUUUCUGCACAUUAUCUCCCAAAGGAAACAGAUGGCACAGAAGGGACUGUGGAGAUCGAAACAAUGAAAUUGGCCCGUUCUGUCUUCAGCAAACUACACGAGAUUUGCUGCAGCUGGGUGAAAGACUUCCCUCUCCGCAGGAGACCCCAGCUUUAUUAUGAGACAUCAAUCCAUGCCAUCAAAAACAUGCGCAGGAAAAUGGAAGACAAACAUGUCUGCAUUCCUGACUUUAAUAUGCUCUUCAAUCUAGAGGACCAGGAAGAACAAGCCUACUUUGCAGUCUUUGAUGGCCAUGGGGGAGUGGAUGCUGCCAUUUAUGCCUCCAUUCACCUGCACGUUAAUUUAGUCCGCCAGGAGAUGUUCCCCCAUGAUCCUGCUGAGGCCCUGUGCCGGGCCUUCCGGGUCACUGAUGAGCGGUUUGUGCAGAAAGCAGCCAGGGAGAGUUUAAGAUGUGGGACCACAGGAGUGGUGACUUUCAUCAGAGGGAACAUGCUCCAUGUGGCCUGGGUUGGGGAUUCCCAGGUCAUGCUUGUGAGAAAAGGGCAAGCGGUUGAGCUAAUGAAGCCACACAAACCAGACAGGGAGGAUGAAAAGCAGCGAAUUGAGGCUCUUGGAGGUUGUGUAGUCUGGUUUGGUGCCUGGAGGGUGAAUGGAAGUCUGUCGGUCUCCCGAGCUAUUGGAGACGCUGAACAUAAGCCAUAUAUCUGCGGGGAUGCAGAUUCUGCCUCGACUGUUUUGGAUGGAACUGAAGACUACCUCAUUCUGGCCUGUGAUGGCUUCUAUGACACCGUGAAUCCCGAUGAGGCGGUCAAAGUCGUAUCUGACCACCUGAAGGAGAAUAACGGAGACAGUAGCAUGGUCGCCCACAAAUUAGUUGCAUCAGCUCGUGAUGCUGGGUCAAGUGAUAACAUCACUGUUAUUGUGGUAUUCCUGAGGGACAUGAACAAAGCUGUAAAUGUUAGUGAGGAAUCAGAUUGGACAGAGAACUCUUUUCAAGGAGGGCAAGAAGAUGGUGGGGAUGAUAAGGAGAAUCAUGGCGAGUGCAAACGCCCUUGGCCUCAGCACCAGUGCUCAGCACCAGCCGAUCUAGGCUAUGAUGGGCGUGUGGAUUCAUUCACUGAUAGAACUAGCCUGAGCCCAGGGUCCCAAAUCAACGUGCUGGAAGACCCGGGCUACCUAGAUCUCACACAAAUAGAAGCAAGCAAACCUCACAGUGCCCAGUUUUUGCCACCAAAUGAGAUGUUUGGUCCUGGUGCACCAAAGAAAGCAAAUUCUAUUAAUGAGCUAAUAAUGGAGAAAAAAUCAGUUCAAUCAUCAUUGCCUGAACAGAGUGGUGCUGGAGAGUUUCCCUCUUUUAAUUUGGGUUCAACAGGGCAGCAGAUAUACAGAAUGGAGAGCUUAUCUCCUGUCUGUCCUAGGUUGGAAGAUGAACAGUUCAAAUUCCUGGGAAAGAGAGUUUCCAGAUUGUCUCAUUUACGCUAUCGUUAUUCAAAGAGACGGCACGGAUUCAGGUUUAAUCCAAAGUUGUAUUCAUUUAUGUCUGCUCAAGAGCCUUCCCAAAAAAUAGGCACUAGUCUAUCCUCACUUACUCGAAGUGGGAAGAGAACUAGGUUGUUCAGAAGUUUUCUGCCAUGGAGGCAAAAUAUUUGGAAAGGAUAUAGUGCAAACAUGAGGAAGCUCAGAAAGAGUAAUGAUAUUGCAGAUCCAGGCCUUCCCUGGAGCUACAAAAUAUAAAACUUCCUCUUUAAAGUAGGCUAGCUAGCUCUCCCCCAAUAAAAACACCACUAUCAGAGUAGAAACAAGGUAGACAUUUCUGAAAUAUAUGUGCUUCAUUAUGAAACCAUGGAUGGCUCAAUUCUUAAAUGUAAAUAGAUCUCUAGGAAACUCAAAGUAGUGUUUUCAAUC